AUGCUUCAUGCUAAUACAACUGGGCCAAAUGAGACCGCAUCGCUAUGUUUCUGCGAUUGGGGUUCACGGCUGAACGGUGCGCGUAAUGGCCGACGAAAUGCUGCUGGAAGUCGCAGUGCGGGAAUUCAGAGAGAUCGGAAACAUCCAGUGGAAAAAUUACAACAACGACAGAUGAACCCGUUCAGUUUCUUCGAGCUUCUUGAAGAACUAAGUCGAAAUGUGGGUUGGGGCACACCCAACUUCACUGUCCUGCCAACAGAUUUUGUGGAUACCUUGACUGGCAACAAAUUUCAGCUAUAUAUCGGACAAGUUUACCUGCCUAAUCUGCGACUGCAAUAUCAAUCUCCACGAUAUUAUGCCACUCCUGAGGAAGCCAAGAUUGGGGCUUGUGAAAUGGCCAUAUUGCAUUUGCAAUAUCACCAAGUUAUGUCAGCUGAUGGUGAGUUCAUUUAUCGACCGGUUACCAUUGUAUGA